AGCAGUGCUUCAAGUCGACUGUGGAGAGGGAGCAACCGCAUCGCCACCAUGAACUUCUCUGGCAAGUACCAAGUGCAGACCCAGGAGAACUUUGAGGCCUUCAUGAAGGCUGCUGGUCUGCCGGACGACCUCAUCCAGAAGGGCAAGGACAUCAAGGGGGUGUCGGAAAUCGUGCAGAAUGGGAAGCACUUCAAGCUCACCAUCACCACCGGCUCCAAAGUCAUCCAGAACGAGUUCACCCUGGGGGAGGAGUGUGAGCUGGAGACCUUAACCGGGGAGAGGGUCAAGGCGGUGGUUCACUUGGAAGGUGACAAUAAACUGGUGACAACGUUCAAAGGCAUUAAGUCCGUGGUGGAGUUCAACGGAGACACUGUAAUCAGCACCAUGACAUUGGGUGACAUUGUCUUCAAGAGAAUCAGCAAGAAAAUUUAGACACGUCUGCGUUUCAUAUUCUUUUACUGUGUAAAAAUAAUGUAAUAAAGUGAACUUUGUUUUAAAAACA